AAACAAAAACCAAACUAACAUACCGAACAAAAACUCUAAAAACACUUCACAAUUUCCAAGUAAAAACAUUUUAAAAUUAAAAAAAAAGAAAGAAAGAGAAAAUCUGUGAUGAGAGAGUGAUGAUGAGUUUCUUCGUCCCUACAAAAGAAAAAGAAAAAAAAAACAAGAAAACAAUCAUAAAACAGAAAAGCAUCUUCUCUCGAAAAAACCAACCAAUGUGUCUCUUACUCUUAGCUCACUCUUUCUCUUUCCCUUCUUCUUUUUCUCUCUCUAGAUCCUCCGUCACCUCCUUACCCUGACCUGACUCAGCUCUUCUACUCACCCCCCACUUCUCUACAAUGGAAGAGUCCUCCUUCCGCCGGAAACCCAGUUCCCGUCGGGACCCGCUUGUUCGAGGGAGAUCAUGGUGUUGUUCUUUCGCUGUUCCGCCUUCUAGCCCCGAUAGUAUCGCCGUCUUUCACUCCAAAGCGGUUCGUCAUAGCAAGACCGAACUGGCGGCCUCCAAACCGACCAGUAGCUCGGUCCCUAACUCACCCCAAAGCGCCAAAUCCGGACUAGGGUUGGUGGGUCGGAUCGACCCUCGUCGGAUCUUGUCUCCGGGAAGGGUUUCCCCGAUCGACUCUGAUCCUACUGUAGAUUCGAUCCAAGAAAUCGCUAGUACUGACCCAUCUGCGGCCGUCGAUUCUGUUCCUCCUGUGCGAACACAGAGUUUUCGUGCUCCGAGCCAGAGGUUCCGGCCGGUCCAAUCGGUCCAACCGGAGAGUUCUUCCGUGGGUUCCAGUAGCAAUGUGUUUGAUGUGAGGUUGAAUUUGAGGGGAAAGAAAGGUGGGUUCUUGGUUCUGGAGCUGAACUCGGGGGUUCUGUGUGCAAAUUCAGAGGUUUUCGCUGGUUUAAUCGACGAUUAUAAGAAGGGAAUGGUAUCGAACAGUUCACCUUCUGAGUCGAAAAUUUGCAGAAUAGAGGUGCCGGAUGUUGAGAACUUGGCCAUGUUUAGAGAGACAGUAGAACUCAUGUUUGAAGAUGAUAUCACAAAACGACUGUUGAGGAUCGGAGUAUAUCGAGCUAUUGAUGUACUUGAGGUUUCUGCAGGUAUUAUGUUCAAUAAAGGUGUUUUAUCUUGCUUAAAGUAUCUCGAGGCUGUUCCUUGGACUGAGGAAGAAGAGGAGAAACUAAGGGAUCUCUUUACAAGGUUUAAGUUUGAUGAUGUUACAACCAAGGACAUAUUGGCUAGAUUGUAUCUACUUGACUCGGCAGAUUCACAACAAAAUUUAUCAAGACAAUUGGUUUGGUCUAUCACCUCUAGUACGGAAGCUAGUGCAAGGAAUGAGAUGAAGACAUUAGUUAAGGGUCUUCUUUGCAAAAGUUCAGUCUAUGAGAAGGAAUAUCCUGACCUCAAUAAGGAGGAUAUAUAUGCUAUUUGCCAGUCAUGUCUCGACUCACUUGUCAGUCUGUUUAAGGAGACCUCUGAAACUGUAUCUUCUAAGAAAUUGAUGAAGGAUGCAGGGAAGCCUUUAAUUGAACGAAUAUCCAGACAGGUUGAUAACAUAAACUGGUUACUGGAAAUCUUGCUUGAUCGACAAAUGGCUGAGGAGUUUGUGGAUAUGUGGGCAAAUCAGGGGGAGCUACUCAGACUGCAUGAGAAUGCAUCUCCAAUGGUCAGGUAUGAGCUUAGUCGGGUUUCAGCAAUAUUAUUCAUUGCUAUGGGGACCCGAAAACUUCAUUGCCGGACAGAAUCAAGAUCAGGGCUUCUCCAAGCAUGGUUUGGCCCAAUGUUGUUGGACUUUGGUUGGCUGCAGCGAUGUAGAAAGGGACUUAGCAUGAAGGUAUUGGAAGAAGCUAUGGGUCAAGCACUCCUUACCCUUCCCUUGAAACAGCAAUAUGUGUUGUUUAUGGAUUGGUUCCGAGAUUUCUCCAAGCAUGGUACGGAGUGUCCUAAUCUCAGCAAAGCUUUCCAAAUUUGGUGGCGCCGAUCAUUUCUAAGAGGUUCUGAAACAUAUGCCGUGGAAUCCAGGUAACACAGUACAAUAUAUUUCUGCUUGCACAGUAUGUUAGUUGUGGAGGUGAAGAGUUCUGAAAUAUCCGUAGAAGUGAAUAGUGUAGAUCAAUUAUGUAGGAUAGUUGUAACAGUUGUGAAAUGGCAGCAUCUUUUCUGUGAUUAUCUUCUUUGCCUUCAUCGUCAGUCGUCAGCAAUUCUACAGGAAAUUAAAGAGGCCACAAAUGUGUAGUUAGUUGGAGAAGACUCUACUUGCAGUUUUCUCUCAUUGGCUUCUUCAAACACCGUGAAGCUGUCCCGGGCAUUUUGGCUCCAUUCCAAAGCCGGAAAACUAAUGUACCAAUGAAACUUAGUUGCUAAGUUCAUAUCAGAGAAGAUUUUAACGACUUUUAUCUUCCUUAGUAAUAAUUGUCAUUUUUUGUUAUAAAGAUAAAGGGAUCAUGUUUAUGGCAUGGCAUGGCAUGUAUGAUGUAUGUGCACAUUAUCUGAAAUCGUUGUGCUUGUAGUAUUAAUGAAAUUAAAAGUAUAUAAUUACUUCUUAACAA